GGGCGGAUGUUCUUAUCCGUUUCCUUUUUCUAUGAAAUCCUAGCUCCAUAUCUCACUUCUCUCUCUCUCUCUCUCCCUCUCUCUCUCUCUGAAGACGCCGUCGACAUGUCCGCCGUGGUCGGAAACCCAGCCCUAUUCCUCGACGUAACCUCCCCACGUCCCGUACUUCCAGACCGCAAAACUCGCUUGCUUCCCCCCGACGUCGUUUUAAGCCUCUCCAACAAGAACCCCCCUCACUACCACCACCACCACAUCCCCUCCGUCGCCGCAAACAGCUUCGAUUCCGAAAAGGAGAGUCGGAGUCGGAGAAUUGGCGAGCGAGGGAAGGCGAAUUCGAAGGCGAGUAAUGCGGCCGAUUACGACGAUUUGGACGACGAGGAGGAGGAGGAGGAGGAGGAGGAGGAGGAGGUGGAUGAGUUUGAUUGGGAGGAGGCGAUGAGGGAGAGGUUGAGGGAGUUGGAGGAGACGAAGGAGUUGGAGAGGAUAGCGGAGGAGUUGGUGAGGGGUGGUGGAGGAGAGGGAGGGGAGGAGGAGGAGACGGAGGAGGAUAAGAGAAUUAGAGUCAGAAAAGAGCUCGUAAAGGUGGCUAAGGAGCAAGCAGAGCAGAGAAAGAUGGCCCAACUGAUGUUCCAAUUGGGUCAGAAGGCUUAUGAGAAGGGUACGUAUGGACGUGCCAUUGAGUUUCUUGAAGGCGCUCUCACAAUCAUCGACAGGCCAACUCUCUUUGGUGGUGAGAUACAAAUAUGGCUUGCUAUGGCAUAUGAAGCUAACAACCGCCAUCGAGAUUGUAUUGCUUUAUUUAAGCAAUUAGAGCGGAAGCAUCCCAUCCUCAGCAUCCGACGCCAAGCUGCCGAUCUUCGUUACAUCUCGGAAGCACCUAAGCUGAAGAUAUCCCGAGAGGAGAUGGUAACCAUACCAACGAUCGGUUCUAGCUAUGAUAGCUAUGCAGGGACAUGGACUGAUAAAAACAAGGACAGAGAUGAAAGAAGAAGUGGAUCAACAUCCAACCAGCUUCCAUCAACCAAAGACUAUUUAGGGGACUUCAUGGUAUGGCGGCCUCCGGUUGAUUGGGAGAAGAACCGAGCUUUCUGGGUAGGGUUCUCACUAUGGCUUGGUUUGGUUGGCGCCGCACUCUUUCUUCAAAGAUGAAGAUGCAUGCUGGUAGCGGUUGUCCUAUCGGCUUGCAAUGUGAAGUCAUUCUUGGAGUCUUGAAUACUUGUCGAUGUCUUCGUAAAUUAUGUGUUGUAUACUUGUAUAUGGCAAUAUAUCACUUUACCACGUUGUACAUUCUUUUUUUUCUUUUUUUUUUGGUUUCCGAAAGUGAAGCCGCAUGAUGUUUUUCCUACUA